GAAUGCUCUUGGAUGCUACCUUGUGCCAUCAACGCCGUGAAAUAUCGACCUCUCUGUAUCAGUCCACUAUUCGAUUACUAGAACGUUGGCAGCAUGAAGCAGGGGAACGUCCCAUAGAUUUCCAAGCGGCAUUUUUACUGAGCUGGUUGGCGGCCGACUUCUUCAACUACGAUCUCUCUUGGGAUUGCUUCCGUCGAGCGUGCUCCAUUGGACGACAGUUGGGGAUUUUCACGGUUGACGCGGAACACAUGGAGGGCUCAGAUGCGCCAGGGGAUUACAGUAGUACGUCGACUGACUGCACAUUGACCAAAAGCCAAAAACGAUAUGCGUUCUGGCAGCUACUGCAGACCGACUGUCUAUUCAGGCAGCUCUUUGGCAAGUCGCCAGUCAUACCCUUUGGUAGCUGGUGCGUGCGCUUUCCUGACCUGCCUCUCCAUCCGGAUGGGGUCACACCAGAAUCUACCCUUCAAGUGUAUUUCAUUGUUAGUAUGAGAUUUGCGUUCAUUACUUUGAGGUUUCUGGAAUUCCUCGAUACACACGGUCAUGCUUCGGAGGACCAAGUAACAGAACUUGUCCUUGAGCUUAAAUCUGUGGUAGCUGAAUGGGACUUGGAGCGUUCAUUUAGAGCUGCAGUAAACCCAACAGACACGUAUCUUUAUGCCGACCUCCUCUUCAGCAGCCACUUAUUAAUCAUAUCGUUUGAACAAUCUACAAAAACAUCCUAUCCCUUGCAGCAGAUUCCUGAAUCGUCGCUUUAUGCAGCCCGUCAGUCAAUUAAUAUACUAGAGCACUGGUCCAAAUUGCCAACGGGCAACCCCUACCACACGAUCAGUCUCGUUUCGUCCUACCCAGUUAUCCAUAUAUUCAUCCUUCAGUCAAACAUCCUGUCCAAUCCUGACACAGCAACCGCUGAGGCCGACCUUGCAUUGACCCUGUGCUUUGGCACCAUGUUGCGUAAGUGGUCGGAGGAGAGAAACCAGGUCGGCGCCCACCUGGCGUUUGUAGUCAACGUACUUAACGAAGUCUGCCGACGUGUUGUUUGUGUGAAGUCUCUGUCAACCACGCGGCAGUAGCCGUUGCCGCCGGGAAACCUCUCCACAUCAUCAUCCGGUCCUUCAACCACUUCUGCCGCCACGCGGACUUCUCAAAUGUGAGAAAAGGCGUUAAUUAUAGAAGUGAGAAAGCAUGCUAGUCCGUUCAGAAUAGUCUGAUAUCACCAACUCUAUGCGCCCUCUCGUUGUCCAUCCCGCAUUGUCUAUCAAAUAAGGAUCAAUGGUCAGAUAAUCUCUCAGGCAAGCAAAACUUUCAUUCUCACGAAAAUCAAGGACAGUUGGGCGGACGUGACAAGCUCCAAUUCACGGGCGCAAAAGGAGGUGGCGAAGUGCAGAACACAGGAUGUACAGCUUCCUAGCUGUAGAGGGCGGUGCAGUCUAGAACUUGGGCGGCAAAGCAGCAAAAGGGAAUAGACACUGAUAGGGGUAAGCACUGACAUAUAUAUCCCGU